AUGCCCUCUUUGAGGUCGAGUCAUGGCUAUGCCGGUCAUAUGCUACAACAUGAUUCCAUUGCACACAAGAAGCGGAACUCAAGAAUAUUAAUACACCCAACCCUCAAUGAGAGGGAAACUGGACGCAUGUCACCAACAAACGACCAACCUGUGCCUAAGUCCAGUCGAAAGACCAAGCCGACAAAAUCAGCUGCCAACAGCGCACCGCCUGAGAUUUUGCUGGACAUCUUCCUCAUGCUGGCACCCCGGGACUUCGACAAUGCCCGACGGACAUGCUCGCAAUGGAUGCGAGUCAGUCUCAACGACAAGCUACUCGAAACCAUGCUAAGAAGGGCAGGGUGGUGGAAUGCAUGGUUACAAGACCGUCAAAAGAAGCUUAUCUCCCCUCGCUCAGAUGAGAGCGAAGCCUGGAGAAUGAGCCGCCGCUUUGCCACAGAGUGUCUCCUCUCUGGACGAAGAUUCAACGUCGAGAAGCCUGGCUUCCUGUCAACCGCCACGGUUGACUUUUCAGGUCUUUCAGACAAUGCACCACGCAAGACUCGAGGGAGUCGGCUUCAGCCGGUGCUCAAGGAGAGCAAGGGUCUUUCGACGUUUAGUGUUAGCAGUUGCAGCAAUUAUCUGCUUGUCACCAACGGCUGCAUGAUCUAUGUCUAUCAUCUUUUGGGUCGGAAAUGUCAGUCAGCAUCUCCAACUGAUAUGUCUGAUGCUGCCUUGGCUCCCAUUUCACGCAUUUCAUGUCCAUUCGAGGUUUUAUCGGCUACCAUCGACACCAGCACGCCUCGCUUCACUGUUGCCGCUCUGCUGAGCAAUCGAGUUGGUAUGAUCUGUGACUUGGAUAUGGCCUUCUCCGAAGAACCGAACACGAAGACUCAUGCCAACAGCAUUUCAGCUGUACAGGAUGCACACCAGUAUCCAAUAUCACAGCUCCUACGAAUGCCAACAGCAGACUCAACAUCUCGUCACUUCUUCUACAACGUCUGCACACCCGACGCCCCUCCACGAACAAUAGCAUUAUGUCCCGGCCGACAUCUCGUCGGCUUCGGCUGCGCAGCUGGCGUAGAAAUCCACAGCGUGAACGAACCAAGGAGAAACGAACAAAGAAAACACUUCCCAAUGCCCCAACCCUCCGAAAUCCUCCACUUCCUCCCAAGCUCCCCAGAAUCACCCAACGAACUCCGCCUGAUCUCCUCCCUCACCGGACCAGGUUCUCACGAAUGCAAAUGUCCUCCAUCACCAACACCCUCCCUCCAAUCCCCAACCCUCUCCCCAAACCCCCAAGCAAAGAACCAAUUCCACUUCCUAGCCGACGUCCAAUCCUUUAGCCGCCGCAGAAUCCCCCACACUCCAUCCAGAAGCUUCGUCCGCGCAACCCACUGCCACCAUUACCGCGCAGUGCCCAUAAACGACGGCUUCCACAUAAUGUUCAUAGAGCCCCGAACAAGCCUUCUCUGCAUCGGUUCUUCAACCCCAAUCGGCGGCCCAACAAGCCUCACACGCGCCUUCAUCUGCAUACCCCCAUUCGCAAAUCCAACUCCAGCAAAAGACCCACCAAUCCCAACGACCUUCACCGCAGGCUCAGAUCUAAGCUGGGGUCUGCGCGUUGUAGCCGCAUAUGGGAACCGUAUCGUGCUCUAUUCCAUCCCGCUGGAUGUAUACAACGUCAUCCACAAAGAACGCGAGCGCCAAGGAGAUGGUGUUAUGGGGGACAGUGACCUGGCCCGGGAUUGGUAUAUUGAUGCAGACCGAUCCCCGAAACGGCGGGAUGGUCUUGCUCAGAAUCAGAGUGAGGAUUGGGAGUGUUUGCUAAGCGUUUCUUAUCAACCUACUGCUACGAUGUGGCCGUUUAAGAUUUAUGGAAAGGAGAUUGGGACUGUUGAUGGGCUUGUUGAGCUUUCUUUGCAGUCUUCUGAGGGGGGUGUGAGGGUUUGGGCUUUUGGGGGGGAUGGGCGGGCGACGGUUUUUGAUAUUGAUACGUUUACAUCUGGGGGUUUCGGGCCUGGUUCCGUUCCUGUUUCUGCUUUGAAGAUUGGGGCUGAUGGGGGUGUUCAGAGUUCUAAGAAGGUUCCGAGAGUUGGACUGGGGCCUUCACGGAAGAGAAAGGCUGAGGUUUUGGGGGAUGGGUUCGCUGGUCGGUAUGGUGCUGGUCGUCAUUCGUCGGUUGUUGAUGGGUUGGGCUUGAUUAAGCCUUGUGCUGCUGGUGUACAUGGUGUGCAGCAGGACCCAUCUGUUCGUCGUACUUCUUUUGCGGCUUGUAUAUUGGAUUUCAAGAUUCCUGAGUUAGGGAUCUAG